GAAUCUUGUGAAUCAAUUGUAACCCCGCUUCAAAGAAACUAUUAAUUUUUCCUCCUAUAAAAAGAGACUUUCACGCUGAAUUUCUAUCUUUCAACUGCACAAGCCUUCUCAUAGACAAAAUCAUCACUGCCUCCGAGACCUAAAUCUUCAAGUCACUGAAACUACUUCCAAAAUUCGGCAGCAAUGUGCAUAGAACAGUGGACGAAUUUCCCAUGUGGUCAUACAGCCAUUAGAAUACAAGGAUGUCUUCAACAGCAGCAGACAAACUGCAAUCCUUCUCUUUGCCCGUUCUACCAAGUGACAUUUCUCAAUGCCCCCAUGGUCUUUAAACUAGUGUCCGAUCAACAAAAUAAAGAAUCAAACCUACGGAACUCGACAAUGUCAGGACCUGAUGGUAAUAGAAUUGAUGGUGGAACUGAAGCACAACGAGAGACCGACGAGAAGCUGGCGAAGAAGGGGUAGAUGGAGAUAUAAUAGAUGGUAGUCUUGGGCUCUAAGCCAUCAUGCAGAGAGCCUUUUGGCACUAGUGGCUGAAAGUCGUAUGUUGAAGCGUCCUCUUCUGCGAGACCUUGAGAUAGAGAGAAUCAAAAACGUUGCAUUUCA